AUGUCAUUAAAGUAUAUACUAUAUAAAAUACGAAAAUUAAUUUUUUUUUAUCCAAUUCCCCUUGGUUAGGUUGUAUAUGGAAAAAACUUGAUUCAAUUAUAAUAAGUAAAACGUAUAUUUUUAUAAAAGAAAGUUGCAUUUUUUGUCCGGGGUAGACUUGUAAAUUACCGGCUCGAUUCCCGUCAUACCUAUGCAGUUUUUUUUUAUUCGCCGCGUCUCUGGACGAUAAUUUUACCGCAAAGAUAAUAAAUGUCGAAUUAUAAUAUUAUACUUCUGAUAUUUUUAGUAUGUUAGUAAUUGUUCUAAACUAUUAUAUUUAUACGAGUUUUAAAUUUAAUUACAGAGACAUUUUGCAAGUCUUUCGUGUGUUCAUUUGCAAAUCAUUGACACAUCUGCAAAUCCGGUCAAAAACGUCAAAGUUUGCGGAGACUUCAGGUGCUUUGACAGUCGACGACCGAAUUCAUUCAGAAUAUCCACAAUAUGGUUCUAUCACGUAUUUUGCUAGCAAAUUAGGUGGCAUAGUAAACGCGUUCGAGGACUUCAAAGUACUCCAGUUUGCGGAGAUUUCGGGUGCUUUGAUGACCGAUGAUCCACAUCAUUCGGUAUGCUUACAAUGUGCUACCCCAAAACCCAAUAAUAAUACUAUAAUGAGAUGGCCAAAAUUCGUUACAGCAUUGAAUGAAGUUCUGUUGAGUUGUCUAAAACCACAGCAACACUGCCUCCACCGGUUUCGGAAAACGAAGAGAUUAUCACGUGUGAUUAGUCGGUAA